CAAAAGCAUGUGAAUUGUCGACAUGGCGCACCAAUCGUUUUAUACCGGUUCGACCUUCAAGUACUCAGCGGCCUCCAUCAAUGGGCGAUGCCACUAUAUUCUUGUCCUAGAAUAAAAAGAACCUGUAUAGUUGAUAGAAUUGUCAUUUAUACUUAACAUUUCUCAUGUUUUCUGUUAGAUCAAUAAGGCUAGCCUAUGCUUAUACUAGCUGUCGACGUGUACAUCAUGGUGCGUUUCAAACUAGUUCGGAGAAACGGCGUACGUGGAUCAGUUAUUCCUUGUUGAUAUUGCCAGCUACUGCAUUCGGUCUAGGAUAUUGGCAAAUUCAACGAAGAAAAUGGAAAAUUGAUUUAAUUGAAAAAAUCAAUGCAAGAAUUCCUGCUAAACCUAUUCCAUUGCCUAAGAAUGUUGAGUCUAGCGCUGAACUUCCCGAAUUCACACACAUCUCAGUUCGUGGUCAUUUUGAUCAUUCACGAGAAGUAGUAAUUGGACCACGUACAUUAAUUGAAGAUUUUAUACCUUCUAAAGGCUAUGGAAGUGAAUGGAUAAUGAAUUCAUCAAACAAAGUGAUGCAGUCAAGUAUGGCUCGUCCAUCAGCUUCUGGUUAUUUUAUCGUGACACCAUUUUUCCUGGAAGAUAAACCUGGAACCUGCAUACUAGUGAAUCGCGGAUGGGUUCCAUAUGGUGCACGUGAUCCUGCUAUUCGACCAAAUGGCCAGGUCAAAGGUGUGGUAGAACUAUCAGGUUACAUACGAUAUCAAGAAAAGGCACCAAUUCGAUUAUUCGGCACAAAAAUUCAACCUCUUACUUGUUUAGAUCAUGAAAAUCAAAAUCCACAUAUUCGUUAUCCUUGUCGACAAAUUGAUCAAAUGUCUAGUGAUUUAAAAACGUUACCAAUUUUCCUUGAUGUUGAUUAUGAAUCAACUACAGUCGGUGGUCCAAUCGGUGGACAAACUCGUGUUGCUUUACGAAAUGCACAUGCAUCGUAUAUUUUCACUUGGUUUUCAUUGGGUACAAUUGGUCUCGGAAUGUGGAUUGCCUUUUUUAUUUUAUAAUUGGACGAAUAGAAGAAAGAAAAAGAAGAAUUAUUUUGUACAUAAUAAGAACAAUAAUUUAGUUUAGAUAUCAAAACAAAAUUGUCUACAACAAUGCUUCGGUGAAUGAAUGAAUGUAUAUCUGUGCAAAUAGUCUGUUUGAAAGUGUAACUUGUUUGCAUAAUUCUAAAUAUACUUACUACUCAAUGUCAAACGUAAUUACAAUGAGAUUUCAAUAUUUAUUGAUUAGUAUUUUUGCUAUUUGAGGUAAUC